GUCGCCGACCCCGACGCCCAAAUAGUCCAGUCACGGCACGACUCACCAGUCACCAGUGGCAGACUGGCAGUAACUUGUUUUUUUUUUCUAAUUUCUAGAACCCUAAGUUUUAGUUUCCCUGUCAAAAGAAAAAAAGUUUCAGUUUCAUGUUUUUUUCAGUUUGCACAACACCACCACCACCGGUAAAAUUAUAGUAGCGAGAGAUGCCGUCAAUGGCUAAUUCACAAUUUAGGCAACCCAACGGCAUCGUUUCGAACAAUGAUUCCAGGAGGCAAAAGAUUUUGCAGCAACGAAAAUCUCUUCCAAUUGCUGUUGUUGAGAAACGACUAAUUGAAGAGGUUCGCAAUAAUCACACUCUGAUUAUUGUUGGUGAAACUGGAAGCGGCAAAACUACUCAAUUACCUCAGUUUUUGUUAAAAGCCGGCUUCUGCCGUCAGGAAAAAUUGAUUGGGGUUACUCAACCUAGGCGUGUUGCUGCUGUCACUGUGGCUAAAAGAGUAGCUGAGGAAUGUGGUGUGCAAUUAGGGCAAAAGGUAGGAUAUUCAGUUCGAUUCGAUGACAUGACUUCUGGAUCAACGAGGAUCAAGUACAUGACAGAUGGAUUAUUAUUAAGGGAAGCAUUAUUGGACCCAUACCUAUCUAAAUAUUCAGUUAUUGUUGUUGAUGAAGCUCAUGAGAGAACUGUUCACACUGAUGUGUUACUGGGCCUGCUGAAAAAUGUUCAGAAAGCUAGAUCUCAAACUGCAAACGAGUUAGUUGAUCAAAUCAAGAUAAAUAAUGACACAAAGUUGGAGAAAGAUAAUGGGACUCAAAUGGCCUCCCCGCUCAAGCAAUGCCAAGGUGCAAAACUUCCUCCUCUAAGGCUGAUAAUAAUGUCUGCCAGCUUGGACGCACGUAUAUUCUCUGAGUACUUUGGUGGUGCAAAGGCUGUUCAUGUUCAGGGAAGACAAUUUCCUGUUGAUAUAUUUUAUACUCUCCAUGCUGAGACAGAUUAUGUUGAGGCAGCAAUGGUGUCAAUAUUUCAGAUUCAUUUGGAGGAGGCUCUUGGUGAUAUACUUGUAUUUUUGACUGGUCAAGAAGAGAUUGAAUCUGUAGAGGGGCUUGUGAGAGACAAAUUGCCACAAUUACCUGAAAGCAGUCGGAAUAUUGUGACCGUCCCUAUUUAUGCAUCUCUUCCCUCAGAACAGCAAAUGAAAGCUUUUAUGCCUGCGCCAGCUGGAUCUCGUAAGGUAAUACUGGCAACAAACAUUGCUGAGACAUCGGUGACCAUACCAGGAAUCAAAUAUGUUAUAGACCCUGGAGUGGUGAAAGCCCGCAACUAUAAUCCACGUACAGGGAUAGAAUCACUAAACAUUAUUCCUACUUCAAAAGCACAGGCUCUUCAAAGGAGUGGACGUGCAGGGCGUGAAGGACCUGGAAAAUGCUUCCGCCUUUACACAGAGAGAGAAUUUGAGAAACUUGCGGAUUCCACAGUUCCAGAAAUUAAGCGUUGCAAUCUCUCAAAUGUCAUUUUGCAGCUGAAAGCUCUUGGUGUUGACGAUAUUAUUGGCUUUGACUUCAUGGAAAAACCUUCACGGAUGGCAAUUGUGAAGUCUCUGGAAGAACUAUUCUUGCUUGGUGCUCUAACAGAGGAUUAUAAGCUUUCAGAUCCUAUUGGGCUUCAGAUGGCUAGGCUUCCAUUAGAUCCUAUAUAUUCUAAGGCUCUCAUUCUAUCUAGUCAAUUCAACUGCCUGGAGGAAAUGUUGAUAGCAGUCGCAAUGCUCUCUGUUGAAUCAAUUUUUUUUACACCACGUGAAAAGCAAGAAGAGGCUAGGACUGCAAUAAGACGAUUUUCAAGCCCUGAGGGGGACCACAUAACCAUGAUUAAUGUGUAUAAAUCAUGUGAUGAGUUUUUGGAGAGCGGCAAUGCAAAAAGCAGCAAGGAAAAAACAUUUAAGAGUAUGAAGAAAUGGUGCAAAGAAAAUUUUGUAAAUGGUCGCUCAUUGAGGCAUGCUCGUGAUGUACACUGCCAAAUCCGAGGCCAUGUUGAACAAAUGGGCCUUCGUAUUGCUUCAUGUGGAGGGGAUAUGCUUCUAUUUCGCAGAUGCCUUGCAGCUUCCUUUUUCCUCAAUGCUGCCUUGAAACAGCCUGAUGGUACCUAUAGGGCCUUGGCAAGCAGUCAAAUGGUGCAAAUCCACCCUACUUCUGUGUUGUUUCGGGCAAAACCAGACUGCAUAAUAUUCAAUGAACUUGUUAGAACUAACCAGAACUAUAUCCGCGACGUAACUAGGAUCGAUCCGAUGUGGUUGACAGAACUGGCUCCUCAUUUUUAUGCCGCACAGUAACAUUUUGUACAAUGGAGAAGAGAAGCAGCGGAUGAUACUUGCUUCAGCAACUGGAGAAGCAGCUGGAAUCUUCUGUCCAUGAACUUUUUGGCACUUGUGGGGCAAUGCAUGACCUAUUCACUGAGAGCUGGUUUACAAUUGUUGUUUUUCAAUGGGAUCCCAAGUCUUUGCAUAGCUGAAGCCUGCUUUUUGUUGGAGCCUCGAGAAGACUGUUGGGGAGUACUGGCAUAUUCAAUGAUGCAGUUACAGUGAAACUGCAGUCUGGUAUUUCUAGCAGGUUGAACUUGGAAGUUCAUGCAUCUGCGACGAAAAGCAGCUCGAAAGGAGAAUAUUGCGAUGAUGAUGAUUGAUCUGUUCUCUUCAAUCUCGAUUGUUUGCGCAUGAACAUUGAGGAAUACACUGGGAAGCCAGUUGCAGGAACCCUCAACAAAGUCAACAGUAAAAGGUUACUAUUAGUGCGGUUGAUGUGAAAUGUUUGUGUUCUUCCCUUAUAUUAUAGACAUGUAAUUAUACAUGAACAACCUACUAUGUAUUCUUAAUAAAAUGAUUUUUAGGGAUUUUCUA